AUGGACCCGGCCCCCGACGCCGAGGAGGCGCGCACAGUGCGCGAGGCGCUGGGCCGCUACGAGGCGGCGCUGGAGGGCGCGGUGCGCGCGCUGCACGAGGACAUGCAGGGGUUGCAGCGCGGUGUGGAACAGCGCGUGGCCGAGGCGCUGCGCCUGGCGGGGCCGCUGGCGCGCACCGUGGCCGAUCUGCAGCGCGACAACCAGCGGCUCCAAACGCAGCUCGAACGCUUGACGCGCCAGGUGGAGUCGCUGGGCUUGACGACCGGGCUGGCGCCCGCUCCCGGCACGCCCAGCCCUCCGCCCGCGCCCGGCGUCCGGGACCGCGCGCCCCGUCUGGGCACCGCGCGGUUCGCCAGCCACGCCACCUUCUCGCUGUCCGGCCGCAGCCAGAGCGUGGAUCACCAUGACGAGGCCAGCGAGUUGGAGAUGAGAAGGACCUCAAACUCGUGCAUCAUUGAGAACGGGCACCAGCCUGGGGCAGAUCCAGGUGACAGACCCCCCGAGACCACUCAAACCAUCCCAGCGCCAGAGCCCCCCAAGCCUCGCCCUGUGAGCCUCUCCUUGCGGCUGCCUCACCAGCCAGUCACAGCCAUCACGCGGGUCUCCGAGAGGUUCUCUGGGGAGACCUCAGCCACAGCUCUGUCGCCGACGUCUGCUGCCAUCCUGGGGGGCCUCAGCUCGAGCCCCAACGAGGCUACCACCGCCUGGACUCCCAGUCCCAGUGAGAAGAAUUCUUCCCUCCCACGGUCUCUGUCCAGCUCUGGCUUCGGGGCAAUGACGGCCAGCAGGACCAAUGACAGCCCUCCGCUGGUGACGCCACCCCAGUCACCGCCAUCCCCGCAGCCGCCAGCCACGACUCAGGCCCGUCGCCGGGAGCUGGUGAGGUCACAGACGCUGCCCCGCACCUCAGGAGCGCAGGCCCGGAAGGCGUUGUUUGAGAAAUGGGAGCAGGAUACAGCCAGCAAGGGGAAGGGCGAGACCCGGGCGAAGCUGAAGCGCUCGCAGAGCUUCGGCGUGGCCAGCGCCAGCAGCAUCAAGCAGAUCCUGCUCGAGUGGUGCCGCAGCAAAACGCUCGGCUACCAGCACGUGGACCUGCAGAACUUCUCCUCCAGCUGGAGUGACGGGAUGGCCUUCUGCGCCCUAGUGCAUUCCUUCUUCCCUGACGCCUUCGACUACAACGCGCUGAGCCCCACACAGCGGCGACAGAACUUCGAGCUGGCCUUCACCAUGGCCGAGAACCUGGCCAACUGUGAGCGCCUCAUUGAGGUGGAGGACAUGAUGGUGAUGGGCCGCAAGCCGGACCCCAUGUGCGUCUUCACCUACGUCCAGUCUCUGUACAACCACCUGCGUCGCUUUGAGUGA